AUGUCUGUCAAGCUCGGUCUCUGGUCCCUCACUCUCGUCCCGGGAGAGAAGUACCCCCUCUACGUCAAGCACGACUUCCAGAUCACCAACGCUGCCCUCUCGGAUGAGCUCGCGUCCAAGGAUGGCCGCUCCGUCCUCAAGGUCACGCACGUGCCCACCAACCCGGCCAUGUUCGACUCGGACUCUGAGCUCGACUCGGACGACGAGGACAUGAUGAUUGGGGAUGAUGAUCUCCCGGAGGAGGACGAGUUUGAGCUCGAUGUCGAGGAGGGCUUCAAGGAGGUUGAGAAGGCCAAGAAGGGGACCAACGGCGAUGCGUCGAUGGUGGAGGACGAUGAGGACGAGGAGGAUGACGAGGACGAGGACGAGGAUGAUGACUUCUCGGAUGACGAGGAGGAGGUCACCAAUGUCAUCUGUGCUCUUACCGCCAGCAAGAUCGAGCAGGCCACCCUCAACAUCACCUUCACCCGCGGCGAGGUUGUCAUGUUCGAGAUCACCGGUGACAACGCCGUCCACCUCAUGGGUAACUACAUCGCCCAGCCCAACCCGUACGAUGACUCGGAUGACGAGCACGACCACGAGCACGACGACUACGACGAGAUGUACGAUGACGAGUCGGACGACGAGGAGGUCAGCGCCUACAUCGAGGAGAUGAAGGAGGCCAAGCCCAAGAAGGCCGUCACCGCUGCUCCCGCUGCUGAGCCCAAGGCCAAGAAGGCCGCUGCCCCCGCCGCUGCUGCCCCCGCUGCCGCUCCCGCCGUUGCCGACAAGAAGCGCAAGGCCGAGGCGAUCGACUCGCCCGCCAAGACCGCAGAGUCCACCGAGGGGCUGAGCAAGGCGCAGAAGAAGAAGCUCGCCAAGAAGGCAAAGACGGAGGAUGCGCCCGCUGCGGCUGCGGCUGCGCCGAAGGAGGGAUCGGCCAAGCCUGCCGGCGUGAAGCGCACUUUGCCUUCCGGCCUGAUUAUCGAGGACAUCAAGAAGGGGGAUGGGCCCGCUGCCAAGGGCGGCAAGCGAUUGUCUAUGCGAUACAUCGGCAAGCUCACCGACGGCAAGCAAUUCGACGCCAACACGGCCGGUAAACCCUUCUCGUUCGUCCUCGGCCGCGGGGAGGUCAUCAAGGGCUGGGACGAGGGUUUGAUGGGUAUGAACGUCGGCGGUGAGAGGCGGUUGACUAUCCCCGCCAACUUGGCGUACGGCUCCCAGAAGAUCCCCGGGAUCCCCAAGAACUCGACCCUCAAGUUCGACGUCAAGCUUCUCGAGGUCAAAUAG